AUGUGGUGGUGGCUGCUUGGUAUUUUGAGCUGCGUGCUGCUGCUGGUGGUCGUCAUCUUCUUCCUGGUCAUCGGGCAACGCUACAAGGUGUUCAGCGAGAAGUGCCUGAGGCCACCAGGACCUUUGGUCACCGACAGCAGGCAGAGGGAUGACAGACUGAAGAAAGGGUUCCGUGUGGACCGUGUUCCUCCUGCUCUGGAUGCGGUGGUGAUUGGAAGUGGUGUGGGGGGGUUGACAGCAGCAGCUCUUCUGUCCAAAGCGGGGAAGAAGGUUUUAGUUCUGGAGCAACAUGAUCAUGCUGGAGGCUGCACGCACACCUUUCAGAAUAAGGGAUUUGAGUUUGAUGUGGGUAUCCAUUACCUGGGCCAGCUUCAUGAAAACAGCAUGCUGCGGAUUGCUCUGGAUCAGAUCACAGAGGGACAGUUGCAGUUCACAAAACUGGAGCAGCACUUUGACACGCUGAUCCUGGGUCAGAACGACCAGCGCAAGGAGUACCAUAUCCAUGCAGGGAAGACUGAGAUGGCAGAAAGUUUGAAGAAGCAGUUCCCAGGAGAGGAGGAGGCCAUCGAUGAGUUCAUGAGAUUGAUGAAGCUAUCGUCACGACGGACACCCCUUAUUGCCACCUUGAAGAUCAUACCAUAUUGGUUGGUCAAUUUCCUGGUUCGAACCGGCCUUUUAGAUCGUAUAUCUUCAGUGUUCCGCUUGGCAUCCACCAACCAUUCAGAAGUAAUGUCCCGCCUCACAAAGAACAAGGACCUGCAGGCACUGUCUGCCUAUCUGUUCUAUGGUGUCCCUCCUAAAGAGUCUAGCUUUCUCAUCAAUGCUCUCCUUCUUCACCACUACAAGCGUGGUGCGUACUACCCACGAGGGGGCGCCAGCGAGUUUGCCUUUCAUAUCAUCCCUGUUAUUCAGCAGGCAGGCGGUGCUGUGCUGGUGAGAGCUCCUGUACAACAGAUCCUGAUCAACCAACAAGGGAAGGCCUAUGGUGUGACGGUGCUUAAAGGACAAGAAGAGAUUGAGGUCCAUGCCCCUGUUGUGAUUUCCAAUGCUGGAAUCUUCAACACCUUCCAGAAGUUUCUGCCUAAGCCCAUACAGGACAAACCAGAGAUCAAGUCAUUGUUGAGUUUGGUGCGUCAUGGCAUGGGUUCCUUCUUGGUCUUUGUUGGUCUGGAUGGAACCAAAGAGGAGCUUGGCAUUGUUUCCACCAACUUCUGGAUGUAUAAAGACAAUGACUUGGACUCACUUAUGGAGCGUUACUCUUCUCUGAGCAGAGACCAGGUAUUGGGAAACAUCCCCAUGAUGUUCAUCACAUUCCCAUCCGCUAAAGAUCCUACAGCCAACAUGAGACAACCAGGUAAGUCCUGUAUGACGCUGCUCACCAUGGCUCGCUAUGAGUGGUUUGAGGAGUGGGAGAGUACAAAGCUUGGCAAGAGGGGGCAGGAUUACCUGGAUAUGAAAAACAGCAUGGCUCAAGAGCUGUUGGACUGGGCAUUAACAAUCUUCCCUCAACUGAAAGACAAGGUGGUGAUGGUGGAUGCUGCCACUCCUCUAACUAACAGUCACUAUUUGGGCGCUCCAAGAGGUGAGAUGUAUGGUGCUGAACACAACUUGGAGCGCUUCACCCCAGAUACUGUUGCAAGGACACGACCACAGACACCGAUCAGUGGACUCUACCUAACAGGUCAGGAUGUAUUCUGUAACGGCAUGGCUGGGGCGCUGCACGGUGGACUCCUCUGCGCUUCAGCUGUCCUCAAUCAGAUCCUCUACAUUGACCUUCUGGCCUUGAAGACCCGAAUGAAAAACAAAAACAUCAAUCAUAGGAUGAGCUGGUAG